AGGCGCCAAGGCAAUCCUAUCAUCUUCUUCUUCUUCUCUCUUGGCUAUCCAUCCCCUUUGCCCCGAGUCACACCACGUUCAAGGUCACGAGUCACCCUCCUCAAAUGUCGAAACUAUCCUUCCAACCAUUCCUAAUUUACCAUCCAAGGACCAGCUCUCAUGGCUCGUUGUCCAUACUCCUCCACUGAAGUUCAAGCUCAUGCAGGGUGGUUCAGGUUCAGCUCCAUGGACCUCCAUAGCCUCCCCCGACGCUCCACUAGCUUCUCCUCCUGCUCUUCUUCUUCGCUUAUCCGCUCCGAGAGCUCCCUAUCUUCGUAUAUAUGCCCCCACAUACCCUUUGGAAAUGCAUUCAGAUUCACACUUCGUAUAGGGAACUAUAAUUGUUUCAGAAGAUCCGCUAUAAUGACUACGAAGAAAGGCAAGUCAAGCACUACUUUGAAAGAAUUAUGGCGCAUAGUUUGGACUAUAGAAGCCGAUUUGACAGCUGGUCAGCUUCUGUACAUAACUGGGGAUCCUGAUGUAUUAGGCUCCUGGGAUCCAGAGAUGGCUAUACUUAUGUCUCCAACUGAACAUACAAACUUAUGGAAGGCUGAAGUCAAGAUGGCUUAUGGUGGAAAUUUCAAGUAUAAUUAUUUUAUAAAAGAAGAAACAUGGCCUUCAUGUGACAUCAUUUGGAGACCUGGGCCUGAAUUUUCUAUAUCAGUACCUCUACCUGUUCAACAAGAUAAAAGAAUUAUGGUGAGAGACUCAUGGAUGAGGUUUGAUACCAAAAAGCCUCCAGCUCAAGUAUGGGAUUCAUGGAUAGAGGAGACAUAUCUUCCCAUACAAUCUUUAAUAUCAGCUCCAGCCAGAGAUGAAGAUGAGAUAGUGAAAAUCCUUGCAAGAGAUUCAAUAGAAUCAAAGCCGUUCUUACAUGAUUCCACAGUCAAGGAUAUAUUGUACUCAAGGGAGGAUACCACUAGUGUCACUCAUAAUGGCUCAAAUUCUGACCGGGUUUUCACUGAAAAAGAUCAGCCUGUUGAGGAGCCCUGGUUACUAGCAUCACCUCUCCUUUUUCCUAUUUCCAAGGAUAAGAUGGGGUCUGAUGUGUCCAAAAGUAAUGACACCUUAGAAGAUGAGGUUAUUGAGAUAGAAGAUAAAGGAAAUUUGUUGCCUGAAGAAGGGAACAGUCUUAUUUCAGAGGAACCCAUUUCUACUGUUAUUCUGAUUAAUUCUUCAAUAUGUACCAUGCAAAGGAUUGCUGUACUGGAAGACAGUAAAUUAGUGGAGUUAUUACUGGAACCGGUUAAAACUAAUGUGCAGUGUGACAGUGUGUAUCUAGGGGUGGUCACAAAACUUGUUCCCCAUAUGGGAGGUGCUUUUGUAAAUAUUGGAAAUUCUAGACACUCUCUUAUGGACAUCAAGCAAAACAGGGAACCAUUUAUAUUCCCUCCAUUUCGUCAAAGGACAAAGAAACGAGAAAUCAAUGGUUCUGUUAUUGGAUCACUUGAAAAGCAUCCAACUGCCAUUGACAAUGUGUGCACAUCUCAUGAUAGAGUAGUCAUUGCUGAUAAUACAGAAGUUGACUCUCGGGAUGAUCCUGUACAAUCUAUGCACAAUGACUAUGAGGAACAUGAAGUUGAGGAUGAUUUCAAUAUUUCAGAAGUUCUUGAGGAAAAUGUAAAUGGUGGUAUACUCGAUUAUGAUGAAGCGGAAGCUGAUUUUGAGGACUGUUUAGAUCGAAGUGAACAUCACCUGGAAGGUGAAACUAUUGACCAUUCCCUUCCUGUAGACAUAAAUGGUUCAAAUGAUUCUCAAAUGUCUCAUCUCCAACAUAUGAAGGAUUCUAGGCAUAUGUUCAAUAAUGACAACAAGUGGGCCCAAGUUCGAAAGGGCACCAAAAUUGUUGUACAAGUUGUCAAAGAGGGACUGGGUACAAAAGGUCCAACGCUAACGGCUUAUCCAAAAUUAAGAAGCAGAUUCUGGAUACUGAUUACUUGUUGUGAUAGAAUUGGCAUUUCAAAAAAAAUUUCUGGUGUUGAGCGUACACGGUUGAAAGUCAUUGCAAAAACUUUGCAGCCUCAGGGUUUUGGUCUGACAGUAAGGACUGUUGCGACUGGUCAUUCUUUAGAGGAAUUGCAGAAGGACUUGGAUGGUUUACUUUCAACCUGGAAAAAUAUAAUGGAACAUGCCAAAUCUGCAGCUCUUGCAGCAGAUGAAGGUGUUGAGGGUGCCAUUCCCGUUAUUCUCCAUAGGGCAAUGGGUCAAACACUCUCAGUUGUUCAGGAUUAUUUUAAUGAUCAGGUUCAGCGAAUGGUAGUUGACUCGCCAAGGACAUAUCAUGAGGUUACCAAUUAUCUUCAGGAAAUUGCCCCUGAUCUUUGUGAUCGAGUUGAGUUAUACGAUAAAAGAAUUCCUCUUUUUAGUGAAUUUAACAUUGAAGAAGAGAUCAAUAAUAUCCUGAGUAAAAGGGUUCCACUUGCUAAUGGAGGUUCUCUUGUGAUUGAACAAACUGAGGCAUUGGUCUCUAUCGAUGUUAAUGGGGGACAUGGGGUUUUUGGUCAUGGGACUUCGCAGGAGAAGGCUAUUCUAGAUGUCAACCUUGCAGCUGCAAAACAAAUUGCGAGGGAGUUACGGCUGAGGGAUAUUGGUGGCAUUAUUGUUGUGGAUUUCAUUGAUAUGACAGAUGACUCAAAUAAGAGAUUGGUAUAUGAAGAAGUUAAGAAGGCUGUAGAGAGAGACAGGUCAAUGGUGAAAGUCUCUGAAUUAUCUAGGCAUGGGCUUAUGGAAAUAACAAGAAAGAGGGUUCGACCUAGUGUGACAUUUAUGAUUAGUGAGCCAUGCACAUGCUGUCAUGCUACUGGGAGAGUUGAAGCUUUAGAAACCUCCUUUUCAAAAAUUGAACAAGAAAUUUGUCAGUUGCUAGCUAUGAUGGACCAGGAAGCCAAUCCUGAAAACCCCAAGUCCUGGCCAAAAUUUAUUUUGCGGGUUGACCAUCACAUGUGCAACUAUUUAACCUCCGGGAAAAGGACAAGGCUUGCAAUCUUGAGUAGUUCGCUGAAAGUUUGGAUUCUUAUAAAGGUUGCUAGAGGUUUCACCAGGGGUGGCUUCGAACUGAAACCUUUAACAGAUGAAAAGGCAAACAAAAAUCAGCAUCAAGCUGCCAUUUCUCUGCUACGGCCAACGGAGACCAGAACUAACAAUCCCGGCAAAAAAGUAACCCUUAUUCCAGUGAAAAGAUGGAAGACCGGUGGGAAAUGAAAAUUUGCCAGAUUUGACUUGCUCUUUUCUGUACAAACAGCAGGCAUAAUGUCAUUUUUGUUAGGAAAUUAGGGAAGAGAUAAGGAUAGUUUUUCUUGUUCUGUAAGCUUUUUGGGUCAUACAGUGCCCACCCACUUUGCACUUGAGAAGCUUCACAAUGUAUUGUUGCUAGGGUGAGGAGUUUUGUUCUUGAGAGCAAAUGUCUAAAAAUAAUUAACAUUUGCAGCAAUUAGCAAUUCGAGAAGGGAAUUCUGUUA